UGGGCGCUGUCGCGGUCCGCGGUGCAGCGACCCUCGGCCGGGAUGGCGGCGGCAGUGGCAGUGGUGGCGCGCGGCGCGUGGGGCGGGCGGCGCGUGGCGCUGAGGCUGCCGAGGAGAGUCGGUGCCCCCUGGGUCACUUCAGCCGCUGCCUCCUCCUCCUCGGUGCCAACAACUAAACUCUUCAUUGACGGGAAGUUUGUUGAGUCCAAAACUACUGAAUGGAUUGAUAUCCAUAACCCGGCCACAAAUGAAGUAGUUGGCCGUGUACCAAAAGCCACAGCCAGUGAGAUGGAGGCAGCUGUGGCUUCUUGCAAAAAGGCUUUUUGGAACUGGUCAGAAACAUCUGUUUUGAGUCGCCAACAAAUCUUCCUGCGUUACCAACAACUCAUCAAAGAAAAUCUGAAAGAAAUUUCAAAACUCAUCACCUUUGAGCAAGGAAAGACCUUGGCUGAUGCUGAAGGAGAUGUGUUCCGAGGCCUCCAGGUGGUUGAACAUGCUUGCAGUGUGACAUCCCUCAUACUGGGAGAGACCAUGCCCUCCAUCACUAAAGACAUGGACACUUAUACCUACCGUCUGCCUCUCGGUGUGUGUGCUGGCAUUGCACCAUUCAACUUCCCAGCCAUGAUUCCUCUGUGGAUGUUCCCCAUGGCUAUGGUUUGCGGAAACACCUUCUUGAUGAAACCAUCUGAGCGUGUACCAGGAGCACUCAUGUUCCUUGCUAAGCUGUUUCAGGAUGCUGGUGCACCUGAUGGGACCCUAAAUAUCAUCCAUGGACAGCAUGAAGCUGUGAAUUUCAUUUGUGACCACCCGGAUAUCAGAGCAAUCAGCUUUGUGGGAUCUAAUCAGGCUGGCGAGUACAUCUAUGAGAGAGGAUCCCGGAAUGGCAAGAGAGUCCAGGCCAACAUGGGAGCCAAGAACCACGGUGUGGUGAUGCCUGAUGCCAAUAAAGAGAACACCUUGAACCAGCUGGUUGGAGCUGCUUUUGGAGCAGCUGGCCAACGCUGCAUGGCCCUGUCUACAGCAAUUCUAGUGGGAGAAGCUCAGAAAUGGCUGCCAGAGCUUGUGGACAGAGCCAAAAAUCUACGUGUAAAUGCAGGAGACCAGCCUGGAGCAGAUCUCGGGCCUCUAAUCAGUCCCCAGGCUAAGGAACGGGUUUGCCAUCUGAUUGAGAAAGGAGUAAAAGAAGGUGCCAGGCUUCUUCUGGAUGGACGCAAUAUCAAAGUGAAGGGCUAUGAAAAUGGCAAUUUUGUUGGACCAACAAUCCUUGCCAAUGUCAGGCCAAACAUGACUUGCUAUAAAGAGGAAAUCUUUGGGCCUGUCUUAGUGGUUCUGGAAGCAGACACUUUGGAUGAUGCCAUUGAGAUGGUGAACAAUAACCCCUAUGGAAAUGGAACUGCAAUCUUCACCACCAAUGGAGCCACAGCUCGGAAAUAUUCACACUUAGUAGAUGUGGGUCAGGUGGGUGUCAACGUUCCAAUUCCAGUACCUCUGCCCAUGUUUUCUUUCACUGGCUCUCGUGCUUCCUUCAGAGGAGACACCAAUUUCUAUGGCAAGCAGGGAGUGCAGUUCUACACACAGAUGAAAACUAUCAUUUCUCAAUGGAAAGAGGAAGAUGCCACCGUUACCAAGCCUGCCGUGGUUAUGCCAACUAUGGGCAACUGAAUCAGCCUUUACAAAUGCUGGGUUUGGUAUCCUUCUCCUUCUGUGCUGCACUUUACAGUUUUGUCUGGACUAUCAUUUUCUUAGAAAUUAAUAAAAAGCUCCACUUUCUCAAUGUCUUCUGUGUCUGUGCAGAUCAGGCAGGCUUAUGUAACACACAGUCAUCUUGAGUUUUCUGUUACUGUCUUUUUUUUUGGCUAGCAGAACUCAAUUUCUUUUUCUAUAACCUAGGACAGGGGAAACAACUUUAUCUAACUGAAAGGGCAGACAGUGAGAUUGGUCUUAACUUGUGUUUCUUUCCAUACCCUCUGAACUUGAACAUUACUCUGAUUUCUACAAUGUCUUUAGCCUUAGUGACUCACUCCUGGCUACAUCUGGUAGCAGUUUUAUUUACCUCUUUAUCUUACAUGCUAAGAUUUUGAGUUCACCUUACUCAAAGAUGACUACUCACUUUGAGUGACAUAACUAGGACACUUUCGUUGUCUCAUAGAAGUGACUUUACCUACAAGGAAGCCGGCAAAUUUGGGAGUUGAAGAUGUCAGUCUUUCAUCUGUUGAGCUGUUUCCAAAACACUUGGAGAGUAGCUUCCAAGAAUUUUUCAGGAAAGUGUGUUUGAUUGCUUGUCUGAUAAUGAAAGAAAUUCCUAUAUCGUAAAGUGACCUUCAGUCUGCCUCUGAAAACUUCUGGGUUUUUUGUGCAUUUGGCUUCUAUUCUCCGGUUCAAUGUCGGUUUUGUCAUAUGUAGAAGUUAUUUGGUGCCUUUUUACUCUGCUAAUAGAUGUGCCUACAGUUAUAUUGUAACACAAUAAAACUGAAAGCAGAAACAUAAGCAUGUACAUAUGUAUCUUCUUGUCACAGCAUCAUGUGGGUCUGGGUGAACAAAAGAGUAAGUAGAGAGGUCAGCAGGGGGAAAGAACAUGGUUUUUAAUCACAAAGCAGAUAGGCCUGUUCUGUUCGUUUCUUUCCCUGACCAUAGCAGUACUUUUUGUGUUGAUUAACUGACUCCUUGUCACAUUUGUCCAAACACACAGUCACAUUCUGUAGGGACUGCAAGUCCCAUUAUGGGAGUAGGAGGAGAUUUGGUGUACCCAUUUUUAAAAAUCUGCAUUUGGAGCCGAAGAGCUUGCACUUUUAUUCCUGUUUCUUGGAAGAUGAUGCAGCCAUGAAGGAUCUGCAGGGAACUCAUUCAAGCACCUAUGGAAAAUAAUAUUAUUCUAAUAAUUGUAACCAUUACUUGUUCUAAUUAAAUAGCCUAAAUGUGAACACUUUGUAUCCUGCCUUCUGAUAAAGAGACCAUGUAACUGACAGUUAUGUAUUAGUGCAAUCACUGUGCAUUCACUAAUGUUUGUGUCUUUUUUUUUUUUCCCUGUGCUGGAAAUUCUCACCUUGCAAUUUGAUUAUGAAUUAAAAACAUGUUAAUACA